AUGGCAGUAAUUCGAUUCACUUUCAGUUCGACUGCUUGUAGUUACCGAUUUACCAAGGGCGUUGAAGUAGACCUGAGUGAAGCAGAUCUUAUUUUUUCCUGCAGUAUACCGUGGCGCAAGGAUUUAUGCGCGUUUAAGUUUAUACAGCAAUCUAUAGAAAUUAAUAGAUUGCCCGACACUCCGGGCAAUGUACAACAUGAAGAUAUGACGGCCGAAUUAUUUGUUAGUAGUUUGCAAUUACAUGAGGAUCUUCAUCUUAAAAUUAAUUUAAAGGACAAGGUAGAGAAUCUUAAAAUUAAAAUUUCUCGCCACUGGGAUAUCUCUAUUGACUAUCAGAAUUUAGUUUAUAAGGGUCAGCUCUUGACUGAUGGUAACUCAUUGGAAUCAUACAAUAUACGCGAGAAAAGUACCGUCUACCUUUUACCCAAGAAGCAGAUUGUAACGACGGAAGAAACUACAGUUAAUGUAAAUGAAUUGAUUUCGAAGCUAAGGAGAGCUAUGCUCAACCCGAAGGUCUUAGAAAAAAUCAGUACCGCUUUCGAUAAGCCCGAAGUCAUUCAACAAGUACAUUCAGCCAUUCCGGGUCUACGAGAAAACACCAUUGCUUUUAAUAUACUUGUAGAUAAAGACCUUAUGCGAAUGUUAAUGGAUCCUUCUAAUCUAGAAAGUGUGAUUAAAGCUCAUCCAGUUCUUGGUCAAGCGGUAUUAUAUGUUAUGAAAGCUACCGGAAUAAAUGUAAGAGAAAUACCUCUACGAGACGGCGCAUCACUUCGCCGUCAAGUCCAUAGCAACGGAGGAAAUUCGGAUGAUUCUAACGAUGAUACCUACGAAUUGUCUAAUCCUGAGCAAUUUCCCAUAGGUGAUGUAUACGAUACUUUCCGUCCAUAUGGAUCUGGUGCGACCAUAGGUGCGACACAAACCUCAGAAUCAGCAGCAGGCACAUCGCAAACACAGCUUGUUACUCGACAGCAUUUGGAGGCAGCCCUAGCAAGUGCAUUUACAUCAUCUUCUACGCAAAAUGAUAGUGCGGAAUCAUUGCAAUCACAACGACAUGAGACAAGAGAUUCACCUACUACUUCUAGUGUUGACCAAGAGCCCAAUAGGAUAACGUCUGAUUUAUUAAGCCAAGCCCUUGAUAACGCUUUAGGCAGUGAUAGAAGGAAUAAUACUAUAUUGCAGGAACGUUCACAAGAAAGACAGAAACAGAUUCAAAUUUUACGUGAAAUGGGUAUUCAGGAUGAUGCCUUAAGUCUGCGUGCUCUAGAAUUAACGAAUGGAGAUAUUAAUAGAGCAGUUAACUUGAUUCUAAAUGGUGAUAUCUAA